AUGCAACCCGCCAAAGACGACGCGGGCAGUGCGGAUCCAGAUGCUACACGAAACAAGCCUUUUCGCAAAGAGGCUGCCAAUGUCAUCGUUGCAUUUGAGGCGCAUGCCGGUGGAGGAAACAGCGAUGAAGGCAACGAGACCGACAGAGAGAAAAUGCGCAUGUCCUUCAAGACGUGUUACGACCCACCUGUUGUGACAUUCAGGUUCAAUGUAACCGUCUUUGGCCAUGGCUCUGGCAAGAAGAAACAGAAAACGACUCUGUAUUUCGAAGUGCCCCGACAUCACAUCUAUUCGCUUGAACAGACCCAUCAUGUCGACAUGACUACGGUUCCAGAAAUGGACCAAGAUAUCAUUCCCAAGCUUCUGGGCGGCAUCACACGCGUGCGGUUCCAACUCAAUCACCCUGGCAACCUCAUUCAACCUAUCGAAGAUCUCUCUCUAAAGCCAGCUUCCCAACGCACACUCCAAACAAUGACCUUGUUGGCGACAGUCCUCGAAUUUGUCGUUUUCAUGCCACACACAACAUUGUCGAAAGAACAAUUUCAAUACCUCGAGCAAGCCAUCACAUCACCAAUCUCUUUCGAUGAUCAACAGCAGCAGGAAAAGGAGCAGGAAUGGUGGCUACGGGCUUUAUAUGGUGGGGCUGGCGGCAAGGUGUUGAAUGCCUGCACUGCGACUGUUGAUUCCCAGGCCAUCCAACGCAAGGAUACCAGCACAGCGUCUGAAUCGGGUGACUCGACUGUUGCAGCAGCCACUCCGCCAGCAUAUAAGAGAUCAGAUAAGCCUGUCGAAGGUCUUCCUGCACCUUCAAAAACCAACGACUGGAUCACCGAGUCCGAUGCAAGCGACCUGGUAGUCACGGCUAGUCCACCUCCCUACCAGGCAUCCGAGGGCAAGGCUAGCACAGCAGCCGACUCACCGAGAAAGAGAUUACGUGACAGUGCAAAGCUCGACGCCAAGUCUUCCCGACGGCGCUUGGAUGGUCAAAGAUUGUCGACGGCCGAUGCUGAAGCAUACAGCGAGCGCUUGGCCGGCGACCUGCGUGUUGAAAAGAAUGAAGAAGUUAAUCUCAAUAUGUCAUAUCCUGUGGCCAUGUUUCUAUCCAAAUUCAACGAGGUACUCAGAAGAACUCAAGACUUGGAAGAUGAAAACAGCGCCCUCAAAGAUGAGCUAUGUGCAAUGCGGAAAACCCAGGACCAAAUCAGUGCCGAGCUCAAGGAAAUGAAAGCUCGAAAUCAGUCACAAGUAGAGAGGAUUCAAGGCUUGGAGAAUAAAAACGUAGACCUGGAAACUCAAGUUGCUGGCUUGGAGCAAUGUCACGACGCCAUCGAAGAACGUCAACUCGAACUCGAGGAACGGCAGGGGAAAGCCGAGGACAAGUGUGACAACAUCGAGAUGGAGAUUAUCGAUCAGGUACACACUGCCUUGAGGAAUAGACUCAUAGAUGCGUUGGAGACAAUGUGA